GAGACAUCACCUGAUCCAAGAAAUGAAGUGGUUACAGAAAUACAGCUCUCUGACAUCAGUGAUGAUGUAGGGACUUGCUGGCGUGAAGUUGGCCCAAAGUUACUCAUCUCAGCAUCAAAGAUUCAUAAUCUUGAUGAUGAGUACAAGAGUAAUCGAGACAAGGCAAAUGCUCUUCUAAUCUUGUGGAAAGAACAGGAGGGAAGUAAUGCUACAGUUGGCCAUCUAGCUGAUGUUUUGGAGAAGAUAGGAAGAAGGAGCAUUGCUGAAAGACUGCUUGGUGGGUGAAUGAAGUAGUAAUAUGUAGUAAUGUGGAAAGAACACAUGAUUCUUGUCAGUAUUAAGGGCUGUGCUCAGGGCCGGUGGCCUGUGGCACCCAACUUUUGCUUGUGAUGAGAAAAUGUUAGGUUUUUCAUUCAAAUAAUCCUUAGGGCACAGCCUUGGUAUUAACCAGUGUGUGGGGGGUGGGGGGAAGGGGGUUCUCUCACGGGGAGACUUUGCCUAAAAGGGGUACCUUUUUCAGGCUUUACGUUAUGAAAGGGCAGGAUUUCUCUAAGUUGAGGUUAACGAAAUAGUAGGGGAACCUGUCAUUGCAGUCUGUGAAAGGACCCAAAAAAUGUAAAGCCCCGUACAAACGGAUGCAACAUUGUUAGAUGUUACAUGUUGCGUCCUUUUGCACACCCUGUUGCAUGUUGUUGGAUGUUGUUGCGUGUUGUUGCGCAAAGUUUGAAACCUGUCAAACUUUUCAGCCAACAACUCCCAACAUUUCUUUUGUUCUGUGAUCGCACGAAGCGUAGCGCAACAAUGUUGGAUCCAUUUGUACAGUUCUUCCAACAUUGUAGGGGCCACGCACACUCAUUAGGCAUGGAUCACAAAGACCUAUGGGCUGUGUUCUUCCCACGAUGCACUGCGGGUCCCAAACUUGUUGCGAGUUGUUGCAUCCGUUUGCACAUCACUGCCAACACGCACGCAACAACUCCCAACAUUGUUGGCGCAACAAUGUUUGGAGUUGUUGCGCCCGUUUGCAAGCAGCCUAAGAGGCAUAUUUUAUGGCUGAGUGGAAAAAAUGAGAAAAGUUUCUGGUUUAGCGAUUUACUCAUAUCUAAUAGACAGACAGUGAAUUUAUAGCUGUUAAAAGGGAUGCAGUGUGAAAAUGGUGCUGUACCUUGUUGAAGAUGUUAACGCAGCUGUUACUGUAAUGUGGUACUUUAAACUCUGUAAGAUUGCUGAGAUCCGGAAAUUUUGCUACCAUGGCACGUGAGUCGACUUCCGCUAUUGCGGACACCCUCGGAACUGCGGUUUAGUGUCUGUAAUAGCGAGAGUCCGUAAGUAACGGGGUGUGAGAAAAAAAUUCUUGAUAUUAGAGGAAUUACAUUUUUAUUUAUAUUGUACAUUUUCUCUAGAACCAAUUACGGUGCAGUUUUCGCAUAUAAAGAUCGGAGCGUCAGAAAAAAAUACAAACAAGACAAAUCGUAACAGAACAAAACUUGCAUCUCCCUUUCAUGCAUCCACCACAACAGUACUGUCGCUGAAAAAAUCUUUACACAAAAACCAUAAAGUUUGGUUCUAGAAAAUCCAUUUUAAGUACGUUAACCCUAUUCAGACUGGGCUUAUUUGGUCAAUCUGUGACUGGGGGGGGGGGGGCUCCUCGGUUCCCCCCUCUGUGUCUCUGGAACCAAUAAUGCUAGGGUCAUGAAAUUUACACACAAUGAUCAUCUCCGUACAAAGAAGCCCCACACCCAGUUUUGACUUGCCACGCCCAAUGAUGACGUCACAGUGACGUCAUAUUCCGAUUUUUCAAUGUUUCUUAUUAUUUUUCCACUUAGAUACGUAAAAUAUCAAUAAUAUUGGUAAAGUCAUCUCUUUGUUAUCCUUUCUUAUGAACUAGUAACAAGGAAACACUUGUACAGCGAGAAAAAGCAAUAGGAAGCAAUAAAAUUCAAAAUUUGAAAUGGUUGUCCGCCAUCUUGGAUCCGCCUUCUUGGAUUUCCGUUUUUUUGUUAAAAUUAUAAUUUAAAGCAACUUUCAAAGGGGAAAAAGCUCAGAAUGUAUAAAAGAAGUAUCAAACUAAUGUUUAUUACCCAAACAAAUGACUUUGGAAGUGUUAUUUGGAAAAUAGAGCAGCAUAUUUGUCAAAGCAAAAAAGUGACAAAUUUUACCCCACCCCUCCCCCCCAAAUAUUCGAUGUUGAAACAUUUUGAUGUAAUUCAAAAACUAGUCCCAAGCAAAGACCAUUUUAACAACAAAAAGCACUAUAAGUGUAAAAACGCGAUCUUAAAACAAAAAAUUCACUAUUUUUUAAAUUUUCCAAAACCUAUGUGUCAGAAACUGGUUGCCAUGGCAACAUGAUUAAUCACAUGGACAUGGUAAUUAUACCGAAAUGUUCCUAGAUAAAUUUUAGGAAAAGUCAGAAAAUUUGAACGUCAUAGCUCUUUCGGUGUAGGAGUUAUCACGAUUUUGCCGGAGGGAGGGUUCGAAAAGCCCCCCCCAGUCUGAAUAGGGUUAAGUACAUCAUGACUGGUUUUUGCAAGUAAGUACGGUAGUUUCAUAGAAGGAUCAUGUUAAAAGGGAAUCGGAAUGUUUACUUUUUAACCAAAUUAGUGACAGACACGAAGAGAGGAAGAGGAAGAAAUAAAUUAUAAUCUGAGAUAAUUCUGCCAAAAUAUGGCAAGAACAAUACAAUUGUGAUGUCGGUACCAAGAGAGGUGUCCGUAAGUCUGUAAUAGCGGGAGUUUGUUUCAGUCAAAAUGUCUGUAAUUUUUCACCAGCGAUUCAGCAGCUGUCCAUAUUACCGGGGUGUCAGUAAUAGCAAGGUGUCCACAAGGCAAGAGUUGACUGUAACAUAACAUUUACACUUAAUUUGCAUUUCCUUUUGAUGGGGUAUGAAGUUUGUCUGGAUAUAGGGGGUCCAGUCCUAGUUUUAGAUAAAUGUAAUGUACACAUGGGAUUAUGAAAGUUCAUUCUUGAACUUCUUUUAUUUUUAAUUGCAAUGUUUUGUUUGUUCUUUAGGAGAAGGUAAAGGUUUAUUGCCAAGAUGUGAAACAGUUUCGGAUGAUGAAGAGAUCGGCUUAACAGUGAAGUGCAACUUCAAGACAGAAUCGGAUGGGAAGGUAAUAUGAAAAAUUCGCUCCUGAACUGGCAGUGAAGAUCUGUUUCCAAUGUAUGGCUUGUGACAGCGUUUGACUUAGUGGUCUUGUGUUGUGGUUCAUGGGUUGGAUUUUACAGGUUCAUUCUAUAGACGCCCAGUUUUGGAAGAAAUACACGGAAAAUUUUUCACUUAAGGGAUCAGUUAUUAUUUAUGUAGAGCGGGGCAGGGAAAAAAAGAAGAGGGGAUCAAGGCUAUUUUAGAUUGGCUAGAGGGUAGGCUAAACUUUUUUAUAAAGAAGUUUAAGAGGGGUCAGCAGUUUUAUCGCCAAGUAUAUUUUAAGAAGGGUCAAUUGGCCAAGAUGGGUAAAGUAGUUAUAUUGUAGAGUACAAAUAAUUGUGAAACAGUAAUGCUAAAUUGUACAAUUUUUCGCUAAUCCUAUUGCUGUUUGUUUAAGCUCCACUAUUUUGUACAACUUAGUCAUUUGUAUUUCACAGAAAUUCUGUUUGCACUCUAAACUUCGUUCUUUUAAAUUUUGAGCUAAUAAAGAAUCCAUGAUCUGCUUUAAUAUUUGUUUUGACUGAAUUUUGUUUUAACAAAAUUCUUAUCACUUUAAUAGCCCAAGAAAAACAUGAUAAACAACAAGAAAGUAGUCCUUUUAGAACUGCAGGAAAAUCAUUUGAAAAGAAUUAUAUUUUGCGUGGGUAUUACACCCUUGCAUCAGGAGUGCGGUCAAAAGCAUGGCAAGCCCGGCCAGGCCAGGCUUGCCAAGGUCUUGGCCAGGAAAGCGUGGCCUGGAAAAGCCUGGUAAACCCGAUCAAGGCCAGGGUUUUGAGGUAAGCCUGGCCAUAGAAGCGUGGCUUUUCCGGCCACACUAAAAAAUAGACCGGCAUUUCAUGGCUUUUCCGGCCCAAAAACCAGAAGCCGGGAAAGCCAAGAAUUCAUGACCAUGUUCUACAAGUAACAGCAAUAAGAACGUAAAGAAACAAUUUUUUUACAAAUUAUAUUUCUACCUAUUUAUUAUUAUGACAAUUAGAAAUAUAUUUUUUUUACAGGAUCAAUACCAAAAGUUCUUAGGUAAAGAGAAAAUAUAGAGUUUUAAGAAAUUUAAGUGCAGGAAAGGGAAAUAUAUAGAUCAUAAGGCUACAACAAGUCCACUACUCUCUUUCCACAAAGUUUGGCACUCUAGUAAAACACAAAUCUUGCUUGUUUCCACUCAGAUAAAAAAACUUUUUCUUCAAUAGCAGCAACAUUAAAUUAUGUAUAUGUAGAUGUAUGAAGUAAUAUAAAGUUAAUUUUCAAUAUUUGAUGACAAAGCCAUUCUGCAAAACUUAUAUAAAAAAACCAUACCGAAAUAUAUACAAGUACCUCCGCUCCUAUUCUGAAUUGUCUGUAUGGUUCUUUUUCAACCGCAUGGGUCAUUUAUUUAACUGCGAGGAUCAUUUCUACUUUUAUAUCUAUAUCCACAUUUCCCAAAAAAAAAAUUUCAUGUAAGCUCAAUUAUUUCCAUUCGUGUCUUUCCCACCAUUGAGUACGCUAGCUUUCAAUGGCCUGCUUUCCAGUUGGCUUGAUUAUUUGACAAGUUUAAUGGUUUAAUAAACGAUUGCAUCCGAUCAAUCGCAUAGGUCAGGAUUCGAUUCCCGAUCAAGCCUUAAUUUUUUCAGGUACUUGUUCAACCACUAAUAUAAUGUCCAUUUAACUACAAGGAUGAUUUCCAUUUUUAUAACUGUUUCUUACUGUAAUGUGUUCCUCGGAUUUACCGUUCCUCGUAGGUCGAAAGUCCACUUGAACAUGCGAAGAGUUCCUUGCUUGCAUGCUUUUUAGGCUUCCUUUUAGUACAGUUCGUUCAACUAAAGAAUGAUCCCUUGAGGCAAUAAAAUGGCGUUGUCUUGGUGUGAUCAAGAUGUCUUUGGUUAGAUCAGAUUUCCAUACACUAACCUGUGAGCUUUGUCCAGCAUGAAUAACGGCCACAACACGUUUUUCGUCGCAGUUCUUUGAUUGAUAGGGUUGUCCAACAUUUUCUUUCCCAACUUAAAAGAACAACGUUAAGUUUACCUCUUGCUUUUAACACUUCAAAUGGGUUGGUUCAUCUUAAUUAACGCUGAAAAUAACUGCUAUUUUCGACCCAAACGGGAGCGCAUCGCAAGAUUAGCGGCCAUGUUUUCUUGUUUCCCAGGCUUCCACGCGUGCCUUUGGCACAUGCGUGAUUUGAUUUACUUUGUCACGUGCGGCUUUUGAACCAAUAAAAAAGUGUGAAAUGAACUUUCGUUGAAUAGUUCAAAUUCACGUGGACUUCACAAGCAACAAAGUAUUUUCGUAAGGCUGUCUUUCUAUUAUCCAUGUUGUUUUCGAGACAAAGUGAUCAAUUGCGAAGUUUGUUUUCACAUAAAGCAUGUUUGCAAGUGAGUUAACUUACUCAGCUGGAUUAAUGUGGAAAGGUAUGUUUUCUAAUAACUUUGCGUAAAUAAGCUUAAUAUAUAGAUUUAGCCAGGGCUAAAAGGGAAGCUCCCAUUGAUAGAUUUAUAAUUUAAAUCAAACAAUAAACUUGUAUUCCAAAAUUCAGAUAACUUUACAGCACAUUCAUGUGACUUUUGAACGAAAGGCUAAGUGAUUUUAGAGAAAAAUAUUUCGCAAAGAACCGCCAAGAGUGAACCAAAUCUUACAUCAAGUUUACAGCCUCAUAUGUACAGUAUGUGUUCCUUGGUCCGCGGGAGUCCGCGAUGCCCUUGGUCCGCGUCUUUUCCGAAAAUGAUAAAAUACUUCGUCGAGAAAAAAAUAUGUUGAAUAAUGAAAGAUAUUGUGAUUUACUGAUUAGCAUUCUUUCAUAUGGCGAAGUUUCAGCUUUCUUGCUGCGGGUGAAGACGCGAAAUUUAAGUUUGUUGACUGGUAGGUUAAUUUAUCUUUCUUGAAGUUUGGAUUUUUGCGGUACCGUAAAGAACAUGGUCAUGUUUACUUAGCCUGCGAAUAACUAACACGCAACGGGAAGACUUGCCUUUUUGCAGAACAGGUUUUCAGAUCAACUUAUUUCUGCUUUUGGAAGCAUAUUGUUGCUGUCGACUCUGAAUUUUUUGUUUUAGUGACUCUUGAAAAACAUCACUAAAUUUCGCUUAGCGGUCCUUGGUCCGCGACCUAUGACCUUGGUUGAAUAAAACUUCCCAAAGUAAAAAGCGACGGCCUUUGUUUUCGAAGAAUGUUUUGAAAAUCGUCCCUAUACAUGUCUACAAGUUCUCUUUUUUUAAUACCUCGAAUACAUACAGAGUUUUUGGUAAUUAUUUUCGACCGCGCUAAAAACGGCUCGUCGACGCUCGUGUGGGAGACUCGAGGAUACUGUUGUCUGAAGUCUUUGAAAGAAACGCAGAUUAUUUUAUGCUCACAACAUUUUCCGAAAAAAACUUUAGCUUAAUUGCACCAAGAAAAGAAAAAAAGAUACAAGAAAUACUGUGAAAAUCACGUUUUCGUGUGGAAACUAUAACAUUUUUACGUCUUUAUCGUACUGCUUACCUGAGACGCGGACCAAGGACCAGAUUCGUGGACCAAGGACCAUCGAAAACGGUCGCCUUUUUGCGAAUUCCAAGCAAAAUAUUUAGGUCUGGAACUUGAAACUUCAGGAUUAUCGACAGGAACAUAAAAGCUAUCUUCAGGGAGUAUUUCAGCUCGUUACGUGAAGACUCGGGUAAGAUAUUCAAGUUAAUGACUUUUACACGCGGACCAAGGACCACAUACUGUACACCCAAAAAAUAGCAACCUUCUUCGAUCACACUUAAGAGCCAUAAUGGGCAGGCUCUUGAUCACCGUAGAUUAAUUAGGCCUGAAAAAAAAAUCAGGCCGAAUUCUUUGCGUUCGACAAGUUUACUUUACAAAAUCUUGCCAACAAAUCUGGGUGAGUGAAAACCAACCUUUUUACCAUUUGUACAUCACAUCUGAGGUGAAACAGUACUAUGAGGCAUUGUUUUUAUCAUUUUUAUCAAUUUUGCAAUACAAAUAACACUCAUUCAAUAUUCAGGACGAUGGAAGCACGCGUGGGCUUUUAGCUAAACCGUUAAAAUAAUUUCCAAAAUCACCUAUACGGCCAGCCGGUUCUCACUUUUGCAGCUCAUGAGCUGUAGUCGACUGUUUGAAUGAACAUUGAUAGAGUUUCGCUCCAACACAAUAAAGAAUCUAUUAUGUUUAUUUUCUUGUUUAUUUUAUCGAUGUGUAAUCUUCAAAAGCGUUUGAUACGCGUGGCAGUUUGAGUACUCGUGAAAGCGAUGUUGACACUGAACGACUGAAAACAAACGGCACAGCGAUUAAAAUUACAAUAGAGACUACUAACAAUCAAUAAAAAAAAAUAUUACUCGGUGAAACAUAUAAAGAGACAACAAUUUUCAUUCACGAAGACAAGUAUUAAAGUGUCUCAAAGAAUCCUGAGUCUUCAAGCUUAAGCUUAAAAGCCGGCUUCCCGGUGUUUGCCAUUUUCAAAGAUGAACUCGAGGAAAGAAAAAUCGCCCAAAGCUUUCUUUUACAGCUAGGAUUAUAACUAAAUAUUCUUUGAAACGUUUUCUUUCUAUUUGCGGUGAGAAAAUGUCUAAAGACUUUUUAAAGUUCUGUAAGCUUAUAUCAAACCUGAUGCUCGGUCAGAUCAUUGUCUCAAAUCUUACAAACGUGCAUAACUAAAUAGCCGCAUAAACUACGCUUGACUUCAUUAAAUUAGAUGUAAAAAACAAGCAUCAAAUACAAUAAUUACUCAGGCUUACCAUUCGAGAUGCAGCUCCUGAAAGGUAUCAAGUAAGGCCAGUAUCGCCUCAGAGUUUUCAAGCAAGGUGAAAAACGACAACGAUGCCAUCCGAAAUCGGAUUUCCGACUUUGACAAGCGACGCAUCUCUCAACCAAAAAGCCAAUAAACAAACUAGCCACGAAUAACAGAAUACUCUUGAUAGCUGCUGUAUUUCAUUUUUGUACAUCCAGUAGAAAAAGAAAGUUAAAAAAAAUCACAAAUUGUCACAAAACUCUGUCAGCUUCAGCCACAAAGUAAACAGGAUUCAAGAUGCUGCAUAAAUUUUCUGCAUUAACUCACCUGUCAAAUUUUGACCAAUCAGAGCAUAAAAAUUGGACGUAAAGCGUGACCAAAGCGUGACCUUGGCAAGAAAAGGUCUUCCCCGCCUGUAUUUCUAAAUAACUGGCUGAAUUUUCGUGUCCAAGGUUAGUUUGAAAUCAAAAUCUUAAUAGUGCGGGGCCAUAGUGACAUAAACACAACAUAUUUCAUAUGACUUUUUAAAAAAAUAACUUUAGCCUGCGAUCAUUUGAAAACUAGUAACUUGUUUUGACAGAUGUCAAUUGAUCCAUGGAUAUUAUCCAUGAUUGAUCACAACGUUGAUGAGCAUUCAGUUUUCUCCUGGGCUCCCAAAGUGGUUAGAAAGUGUGAAAGUAAGCAUUGGUUUCCUGUGGUGCGGACGGAUGGUUAAAAGCAACUGUCUUCCUUGCAUAGCUGGCUGAAUUUUCGCAUCCGAGGUCAGUUUGAAAUCAAAAUUUUAAUUGUGCGGCACAUAAACACAACAUAUUUCAUAUGAAUUUUACAAAAAAUUAUACUUGAGCCUGCGAUCGCUGGAAAACUAGUAACUUGUCAGCGGAUAACUUUAAAAAAUACUGACCUUGAUGGUUCAACACCUGAACCCGCGAUAAGGUCAAGUGAUACAAGUCAGCGGACACCCUGUUUCGACAGCUGUCAAUUAAUCACAACGUUGAUGUCCAAAAUGUGUGCAUUAUCAGUUUUCCUGUGCUCCCAAACUAGCUGGAAAGUAUGAGAUUGAACAUUGGUACCCUGUGGUGCGGACGGACGGGCGGUGUACGGUCACAUGAUUACCAAAUUUUCUGGGAUGGGUACAUUUUCUUAGUUAUGGGGCUCCGCCCACGCGCGCGCUUCGUGCGCGCGUAGAGCUCCGCUAUAAAGUUCAAGGAUGCAUGCAAAGAUAUGCCAUUGAUCAGAUCCCUUUUUACUGCAGAUCGAAAUAACUGUACUCUUUGUUGCAAAUAGUCAAUGGAAUACUCUGAAAACUGUAUGUUCCGGCGCUACAAGGUUAUAGCAGACUUGUCAAGACCAAUAUUAGAUAAUAGGAGAAGAAAUAGCAUAAUAUUAAAUAAGUAAAGUUUCCAAUGGCUACUAGACAGGUUAGAAGCAAUAAAGUUUCCAGUUAAUUUAUAAGGACUUGAGACCUGAACUUACAUAGUAAAUAUUAGAAUACAGGCUGUUGGUUUGUUUAUUUGAACUUUAAUUCAUAGUAGGGGAGCUCUGGAAAACGAAGUGCGCGAGCGGAGCACCAUGGGUAAGAAAAUUUGGUAAACCAUCCAUCCGAGAAAAUUUGGUUAUGACGUAGCGUACGCCCGUACACUCUUUGCUGGGGAGGGAAGGGAAUUAGGUGUCAGCCCGUCCUGGGAAGGAGUAUGCCGUGAUGUUAUAAAUCGCGCGAUGCAUUUGUGCAACCCGCUUUUUUCUUGGCGGAAGAUCGCGCAAGAAAUGGCGUGGCUGUCGUCGCGUUCAAAUCAUGUUUACUUCAACUACUUCAUUGCAUAAGGUUUUGUGACCUAGUGCUCAGUUUCUAGUAAACUGUUUCGAAAAAAUUGUUAUGGCAACAAACAAUAGCGGAUUGAAUUCAAACUAUUUGCUUGUAAGAAGAACGAUGGGAAAGAGAAAGAAGAGAAAGGCAUAGAGUAAGAAUUAACAGGCCCGCUAGCGAAGAGGAUGUAAGUGGAAAAUUUAUGCAGCAUCUGCGACUUGUUCACCGAUAACUGAAGCUGACAGAGGUUUGAGUCAUCUUGUGAUGUUUUUACCUGUCUUUUUGCACUGGAUCUACAAAAUGAAAUACAGCAGCUAUCAACAUUCUUUUGUUAUUCUUGGCUGGCUUGUUUACUGGGCUGUGGUUGAGAAAUGCGUCGCACGACAAAAAGAAAUCGGGAAUCAUCGUUUUAAAAAUAAGCUACUCUUAGUAAGCUUACUUCGCCUUGCUUGAGUAUGCGAAAAGUCUUAAGCGAUUCUGGUCUUACUUGAUGGGUUCUCUUGCUGCAUCUCGACCGGUAAGCUUGAGUAAUUUUAUUGCAUUUUAUGUGUUUUCUUUUUUCAUGAUUAUGCCGUCAUUUUACGCACAUUUGUAAGAUUUGAGACAGUUUAUCUGACCUAGUAAAGAACUUGUAAAAGUCUUUAGACAUUUUCUGACCGCGACUAGAAGAAAAAGUUCUGAAAAAUAGCUAGUUGUUAUCCUAUUGUUUGUAAAAAGAAAGCUUUGAGCGAUAUUGUUUCCUGGAGUUCAUCUUGCAAAAUAGCAAACGCGGCGAAGGCGGCUUAAAACUUAAGGCUCAAAUCUGCAAGGUUUUAUUCGUGACUCACGAUUUUCGGAGACACUUUACUCUCAAAACACCGUCUUCGGGAAUAAAAAUUGUUGACCUUUGAAUGUUUCUUUGUAUUAUAUUGUAUGCCAGUAUACAUGGUAUAUAUAUUAUAUGCCAGUUGUUUUUGACUUUUCUCACCAAGGUCACGCUCUACGUCCAAUUUAUGCUCUGAUUGGUCAAAACUUGACAGGUGAGUUCAUGCGGAAAAUUUAUGCAGCAUCUUGAAACUUUUUUACUUUGACAGCUGAAGCUGACAGAGUUUUGUGUCAACUUGUGAUGUUUUUAACUGUCUUUCUCCACUGAAUGUACAAAAUGAAAUUCAGCUGCUACCAAGAGUCUUCUGUUAUUCAUGGCUAGUUUGUUUAUUGGGGUUUUGGUUGAGAAAUACAUCGCUUGUCAAAGUCGGAAAUCCGAUUUCGGAUGGCAUCAUUUUCGUUUUUCACUUUGCUUGAUGCGUAAGAGUGUUGAAAAGUCUGAAGCGAUUCUGGCCUUACUUGAUAGUUUUCAGUGCAUCUCGAAUGGUAAGCCUGAGUAAUUAUUUUAUUUGAUGUUUGUUUUUUUAUAUCUAAUUUCAUGAGCGUAGUUUAAUUUAUGUGGCUUAUUUAUGCACGUUUGUAAGAUUUGAGACAAUGAUCUGACCGAAUAUCAGGUUUGAUUAUAAGCUUAUAGAACUUUAAAAAGCAUUCAGACAUUUUCUCACUGCAAAUAGAAAGAAAACGUUCCAAAGAAUAUUUAUUUAAAUAAUUCUGGCUGUAAAAGAAAGCUUUGAGCGAUUUUCUUGCCUAGAGUUCAUCUUUGGAAAAAGCAAAUACCGGGAAGCCCGGGCUUAAAACAUAAACAAGGAUUUUCAGAGACACGUUAAUACUUGUCCUCGUAAAUGAAAAUUGUUGUCUCUGUACAUUUUUCACCGAAUUAUUUUCCUUUUAUUAUUGUUUGUUAGUAGUCUCUUGCAAAUUUUAAUCGCUGUGCCGUUUGUUUUCAGUCGCUCAUGAACAUCGCUUGCAGGAGUAGUCAAAAUGCUACGCGUAUCAAAUGCUUUUGAAGAUUACACAUCGUUAUAAAACCAUUGGAUAAAAAAAAAACAUAAUAAAUGCCAUUAUGUUGAAGCGUAUAACUCUAUUAAUCUUAAUUUAAACCGUCGACUUUGGCGCUUAUUGAAUGAGUGCAAUUUGUAUUGCAAAAUUGUGAAAUACUGCAUUCUGUCAGAGGUCUGUAUGAUAAAAACAGCGCCUAAUUGUACUGUUUCACCUCAGAUGUGAUGUACAAAAAGUAUAAAAGGUUGGUUUACACGUCCCCAGACUUGUUGGCAAGAUUUUGUAAAGUAAACUUGUCGAACGAAAAAAAUUCGACCUGAUUUGUUUUCCAAGAAUUUGUUUUCCGGGCCUAAUCUACUGUGAUCAAGAGCCGUUAUGGCUAUUCUUUGGGUGUACAUAUAAGGCUAUCAACGCGAUAUAAGAUUAAGUUCACUCUUAGCUUGGACUGUUUGCAAAUUAUUUUUUCUCUAAAAUCACUUAGCCUUUCCCUCAAAAGUCACAUGAAUGUGCUCUAAAGUUAACUGAUUUGUGGAAUACAAGUUUAUUGUUUGAUUUAAAUUAUAAAUUCGAGUUAAUAGGAGCUUCGCUUUUAGAUCUGGCUAAAUCUAUAUAUUAUAAGUUGCAUAAGGUUAUAUGCUUCUGGUACAUGUAAUCUUAAUACAUCGCUACAAUAGUACGGUCAAAAACAACUAGCACUAGCACUUGCCUGAUGUCUGGACCUUCAGUUCAGUAGGCUGCAUCGGCAACAUUGGAAAAAGCAGUCAUUUAGCAGUUUUUUUUUCAUCUACACGCACUGUAUUAAUUAUUCGAAGAUGUUGAUUACAAUGUAUGUGGAAUGUGGUGAUGUGUAUGUUGAGUAAAAUAAAUUACGAAAAAGAGAAUAUUCAGCUGAUGUUGUCAUUUGGAUAAAAAAAACAAACACUAUCUAGAGAUUCCACCAACAGGGUAUGUUUUUAUAUUUUUUUUCAAUCAUGAAUAGGUAUAGGUUACUUUACAUUAUCUCACUAUCUAGAGAUUCCACCUGAACAGGUUAUGCUUUCCUUUUUUUUUUUAAUCAUGACUAUAGCUAUAGUUUACUUUACACUACAUGUAUAUCUAUGUCUUGUCUAAACAUGUAGGUAGCGAUGUCACUAAGAUUUCAAGUUGGCUGAUAAAUACAAGUAGGCAGGGAAUCAAACAGCUCGGGAUUUCUUUUUGGCUCUAUUUUUCUUCCAUUUUCUUUCCAAUUUUUCUUCCACGUUCAUAAUAAUAGCCAGGGGAACCCCCAGCUCUUGAUGCUAGGUUUCAUACAUGUGGUUAUUGCUCAUACAGAUCAGUUUCAUGUGAUUUUAAGGACAAUUUCAUGGUGUUAGUGUUGUUUCCUUUACCCCUAUGAAAGUGGUGAGGGAUUAAUUUUCAUGAGCCAUUAAGAUGAAAAGGGCAUGAAAGGUCAUGGUCAAUGAAAAUUUUCACUUCAAGUCAUCAGUACUCCUUUUUAUGACAUAGUCUUCAUAUUCUGUAUCAUUCUGCUGAGAGAAUUAAUGCCUGCCAAAUAUAGCAAAUGUAUUAAUUUUUUCCUUCAAAAAAUCUGAAGUACAACCACAAUUAACUAAUAUAUAGAUUUAGCCAGGGCUAAAAGCGAGGCUCCCAUUAUAUAUUUAUGAUUUAAAUCAAACAAUAAACUUGUAUUCCACAAUUCAGUUAACUUUAGAGCACAUAGCACAUUCACGUGACUUUUGAGGGAAAGGCUAAGUGAUUUUAGAGAAAAAUAAUUUGCAAACAGCCCAAGAGUGAACAAAAUCUUACAUGGAGUUGAUAACCUCAUAUGUACACCCAAAAAAUAGCAAUCAUCUUCGAUCACAUCUAAGAGCCAUAAUGGCUCUUGAUCACCGUAAGAUUAAUUAGGCCUGGAAAAAAAAUCAGGUUGAAUUUUUUUGCGUUCGACAAGUUUACUUUACAAAAUCUUGCCAACAAAUCUGGUUGCGUGUAAACCAACCUUUUCUACCAUUUAUACAUCACAUCUGAGGUGAAACAGUACUAUGAGGAACUGUUUUUAUCAUACCGACCUCGGACAGAAUUCAGUAUUUCACAAUUUUGCAACAGAAAUUGCACUCAUUCAAUAUUCAGGACGAUGGAAGCACCCGUGGGCUUUUAGCUAAACCGUUAAAAAAAUGUCCAAAUUCACAUAUACAGCCAGCCGGUUCUCACUUUUGCAGUGCGAGCUGUAGCGAAUGCUUGAACGAACAUACUAGAGUUAAGCUCCAACAUAAUAAAGAAAUUACUAUGUUUAUUUUUUAUUUAAUGGUUUUAUCGAUCUGUAAUCUUUAAAAGCGUUUGAUACGCGCGGCAUUUUGAGUACUCCUGCAAGCGAUGUUUAUGAACGCCUGAAAACAAACGGCAAAGCGAUGAAAAUUACAAGAGAGACUACCAACAAUCAAUAAAGGAAAUAUAAUUCGGCGAAACAUAUACAGAGACAACAUUUUUCAUUCACGAAGACAAAUAUUAAAGUGUCUCUAAAAAUCCUGAGUCUUCAAGCUUAAAGCUUAAGUUUAUGUUUUAAGCCGUCUUCCCGGUAUUUACUUUUUUCACAGAUGAACUCGAGGCAAGAAAAUCGCUCAAAGCUUUCUUUUACUGCCAGAAUUAUAACUAAAUGUUCUUUGGAACGUUUUCUUUCUAUCUGCAGUGAGAAAAUGUCUAAAGACUUUUUAAAGUUGUGUAAGCUUAUAUCAAGUUUACCUGAUUCUUCAGAUCAAAUUGUCUCAAAUCUUACAAACGUGCAUAAACUACAUAGCCGCAUAAACUACGCUCGACUUCUUUAAACUAGAUAUAAAAAACAAACAUCAAACACAAUAAUUACUGAGGCUUACCAUUCGAGAUGCAGCUCCUGAAGGGUAUCAAGUAAGGCCAGUAUCGCUUCAGAGUUUUCAACCUUUACGCAUCAAGCAAGGUGAAAAACAAAAACGUUGACAUCCGAAAUCGGAUUCCCGACUUUGACAAGUGAUGUAUUAAUUUCUCAACCAAAAACCAACUAGCCAUGAAUAACAGAAUAAUAUAUGUUCAUCGUGAUAGAAUGAAAAUUAAAUGUUAUAUUACUCAUCUUGUUGAAAGGAAAUAGUUAUAUUGUAUGUAUUAGAAUUUUCCUGCUUUGAACAUAUAGGUACAGGGGUUUGAAGUUAUAGGCAGCCUACUCUGGAAAAGUAAGUGGAUGUGAUAAUAUUAAGGGGCAGCAAGUUGUGAUCUAACAAUAUCAUAGUAAGCAUAAACUAUUAUUGUUGGUCACUCUAAGGGGUUGAAGGGCUAGGAUUACCUGUGUUUAACCAACUAUGUUAGAUUGCUGCAUACUGUUUCUAUGUACAAGUAUCAACAACCUGUUUCUAUGGAGAACUCUAUGAUCUGAGUGACUAGUAAAUCCUUCUUUUGCAUAUCAUACCAUGUAAGUGCAACCUAAGUAUUUAAGGAGGUGUACGGGAAAUCAACACUUACGUUUUUCUUUCAUUUUGUAUCUACAAGAACUGUGACAAAAGUGUAUAAAGACGCCAACCUGACUCAAAUUAGCAGCAAACUGGCUGAUUUCCUCAAAAAUAAUAGGGUCAAAAAACCUGAGAAGACUGAUAAGUGUUAAAAAUAAAGGACGUGUACAUUUAAUUUUUUGAAACAGUUGAUAAGUCUCAAGUGUUAAAACUUAAAAUAGUUUGCAGUCUUAAAAUUACUUUGGCUUUAAUGUUAUGUUAGGUCAAAGGUCAAAAAACAUAAGUUACAGUUACCACCUCUCCUUUUUUUUUCUUAUAAACUUGUAUGGAAAAGCAAAAUUUAUCAUUCUUAAUGGCAACAUAUUCAAUACUAGAAAUAAAAUGCUUAGUAUUUAUGAUAGUAUGAAUUAGAGUGUGAGCUGAAUACUUUUUACAAUGUGGCGUUACUUUUUGCUGGUCGUCAAUCGUGUGAUUACAGGGCUAGUUUGCUUUGCUUAUAAUUCAGAGGGCAGCUGUGAAACCUCUGAAUCAAAGGUGCCAGCCAAGGUGGCCCUGGCAUUUACAGCUAUUGGCUGGCUUCCCCAGCUAACCUGGUCAAGCCAGGCCAUUUGCUCUGUUGUGGUAUUGGCCGGGCUGGUCGCAUCUUCCCCGGCUCGCCUGUUCAAGCCAGGUUAUUUGCUCUGUUAUGGUACAGGCCGGGCUGACCGAGGCUUUUGGGCCAGGCUUUGACCCCCGUCUGACCAGGCUCCACUCUUGAUGCAAGGGAAGGCACGAUUUGUGAAAUCUAUCACUUUUGUUCUUUUUAACAUAAUAUACACGAAAAAAGUACUCAAUUCUGAUUGGCUGAGAAAGGAGCACAGCUCCUCUGUAACACGAGUGCAAACUUGUAACACUAGUGCAAAUUACAAUUGCUUUCUGAUUGGCUGGAAACACAGAAGAAACCAACAAGAACCAAUCAGAUUAGAGCUGUUUUAAUUUUGUAAGCAAAACAACAAUAGAAAAGUUAAAAAAAUAUUCCAAAAACCGGAACACAGUAAAAAGUACGUUUUUCUGGCUAAAUGUAUUGAAAAUGCGUUGCUAAGAGAAAAAUACUGUCAACAAAAUCAAGGAAAAUGAGUCAGAGAAACUAAAAAACAAGCUUCUUAUAACAGACUACGCUAAAGUAAAAAAAAAAAAAGAACAAAAACGUUUGUAAACACACGCAAACCAUGACAGCUACACUCUUCAGGCAUUUAAAUGAACAAGGAUACAAUUCCAUGAUGACAAAAGCGAUUUCAAGUCACGUACGUUAUUUGUUUCCCUCUUUGAGUCUUUUGUGGAGCGAAGACCUCUAUUGAAACAUCCAUGCGAUGGUCUGUUUUUUUCUAUUUCAGAUGCAAACGAAGCCGAAAAUUUAAACAUCUGGUCCAAACUAAACCAAUGGGCGAAAAUACCAUAACCCACAUAAUGAAAGUAUCCGUAUCUGGUACUAUAAUAAUAAUAACAUUUAUUUAUACCGCGCAAAUUCAACUAUACAGUUUUCAAAUGCGCCUUACAAUUAAAAAUUACACGAACGAAUAAUUAUCUAGUCUAUAAAUUACAACAUAUCAGAAAAGGCUUUUUUAAAAAGGUGAGUCUUCAAAUUACGUUUAAAAACUUCAAAAUUGGAGGUGCAUCUAAGAUCUAAUAGAAGAUUAUUCUACAGUUUUGGUGCGGCGGCUACAAAGGCUCGGUCAUCAAGAGUAGGGAGAGUCCUGAAGUUUGGAUUUGAAAGCAGAUAUUUGUUAUUUGAUCUGAGGCUGUAGGAAGAAUUAGGUUUAAAGUUAACGAGAGAUGAUAAGUAAUUAGGAGCUGUUCCAUGGAUUGCUUUGUGAGUGAGUCAAACCAGGCCCUUAAGUUUCUAACCUUAGAGAAAGUGAGAAAAACGUUUACGAAUCAUUGUGACAGAAAAACAACAGGCAGGAAGCUGAAGAAAGCAAAGAUUGUAAGUUCAGAACAUAUCGUCAAUGUCACUGGCCACAGAGGUAUAAAUUUCCUUAACGACUACGAUAAAGGCGACGAAGAAGAGCUACGAUGACUCUUGCAGUAGGCCGAAUGAAAUAAUGUAAACUCCAGCGCUGAGAAAAAGCAAGUAUUAUAGUAAUACUGGCAGUUUCCGACAUCACAACAACUGUGGCUCCACUCACCCAUUGAUAGCAGCGUCGAAAGAAAACAAAUUGCCUCCUUCAUUUUCGGGUUUUAAAUCUCAAAAAUUUCUCCAUGAAUCUAGCUAUGAUAGGGUCCCAGGAGCAGAAUGAUGAACAGUCGUUAAAAAACCUUAACAAGUGUCUUUUAUCUUUGGCUGCUCGAAGGGUUCUCCUGAUUUCAAAACGGCAGUAUAUUACUUCUUGGAAACGCUUCUUGUAAACGCCGAGCUCUCAUAAUCGAAGAUGAAUUUAAAAACACUUACUUUUGCUGAUUAUUGUAAACCAAGUUAUCUUUAACAGGCUGGUGACCAUAUAAAAAAAUCCUUGCACAUUUCCUAGUUCUUAGAUAAAUGAUUUUGAAAGCGUUGGUCUUGAAAAAGUUUGAAUUUGACAAAGGUAGUACUCCGUUUCAGCCAAUCAGUUGAAUGAACUAAAAACACGUGCGCUGUCAAAAUUUGUUGUUGUCACGUUAUAUUUUUCGUGUAUAUUAUUAAUAAGUAAUCACAUGAUUUUUCUCGUGCAAUUUGGAAUAAAUAAGCACUUGUAAAUUUUUCAAAGACCACAAAGUGCACUCGCCCUACGGGCUCGUGCACUUUUGUUGGUCUUUGAAAAAUUUGCUCGUGCUUAUUUAUUCCAAAUUGCACUCGAAAUCAUGUGAUUACCUAUACAAACAACACUUUUAUGAGUUAAUAGUAUGUUACAUGCAUUUUAAUAAUUACUUUGUAUAGCAUAUAAGAGGAGAUAUGAGGUGGGGGGGAGGGGUCAUCACGUAAAUCUUGAAUAAAGAAGGGGGGUCAGUUGCUAUUUCCACGGUCUGCAGGGGGGGCCUUACAGAAAUUUUGAUCUUUCCAACAUAUUCCCCCCCUCUACAUAAAUAAAUAAUGACCGGUCCCUAAAUAAUUAUAAUUUUAUGGGAAAACAUGCCUCCCGGAAGGCCAGUUUUCAAUGUCUGGCUAAAAUCCUGUUCCAAGGUUUUGUGAAAUACUCAGUUUAAUCUGUGUGAGGCAGUUCAUCACCAAAAGUACGGAGAGGAAUUUUCGUAAGUGAUUGCCUAACUAAUUUUGUCAGCCACCUGACUUCCAACCUGCCCCUACAAUGUUACAUGUGACCAUAACUCCUUGUGACAUCAUCAUGCAGUUUCAGUUGUCAAGGACAACACGUCAGCUUGUCAUCUAACUUGUGUAAGGGUAAGAGAUCUUACAUCAAAAUGUAUGCAGCAGGAGUUUGAGCCAAAACUGCCAAGGGAUAUUUAAACACUGUCGAAGAACAAGUCAUUCUACUUCAGAGCAAGGUUUGGAGCAAUUUAUAAUGCUUCUAAAACUAAAAAGUACCUUUUAAAGAAUACACGAUAGGUAAUCGGCUUUUGUUUUAAGAAUUAGCAAACGUUGAAUUUACUUGUCCCGAAAAUUCAAACUGGUGGCUCCUUCUACCUGAUAGUAAUUUAUUUUUGAAAUUCCAAAACAAUUUCACAGCUGAAUUUUGAGCGACUUUUAGUUACGGACUUCUGCUCCAACGAUUUUUCUGAAAUUCCUCUGGCACAUUUAUCAUAUCAAUUGAAGCCGAUACCAGAAAUUUCAGUAAAAAAUAUCAGCAAAAAUUUUUACUAGACGCGAUUUUCUUUGAAUAGUAGGGUCCUUUUAAGCGCUAAUUUCUCAAGAAAUAUUUACCAUCAAUGAAAUUGGAAUAUUUCGUAUUAUUGCCGAAUGAUAUCUGUUGUUCUUUGUUCGCAGCCAUCGCGUUAAAAUCGAAAAAGUUAUGACGGAAAAUUUGUUACAGCAAAAUGCUCUUGUAUUAAUUAAGGAGCCACCUUAAUUCGUUACAGGUUAUGUUUUGUGAGGAAACUCAUGGAAAUAAAUUCCUUGUCAAAGUUAUUAACAACUGUGAUAGAUCCUGGAAUUCUGAAGAGGUAAGUAUGUUUUUUUUUUCACAUGAGAGUUGCUAUUUUCAUUACAAUUAUUAGGAGGCAGUAUGGGGAGCAAGGGAUUAUAUGGCGCAGUGGUGAGAGCGCUAGCCUCCCACCAAUGACCUCACAACAUUACAUAAACAUUACAAUUUGAUACUGGCGUUACAACUUUACAUAAAAGGAAGCUACACUACACACUUUAUCCUGAAAAAAUAAAUCGAUAUGUAUACUCGACAACAGAAAUAUACAAAUAACAAUAACAAACAGAGAGAGAAAAAAAUUAGGUUCAAAUCCUGGCAUCAAUGCCAUUUUGAUAUACAGUACAGGGUUGAGGUUGUUGUUGGUUCUCUCCUUUGCGGCGGUUUUCCCCUCUCCUUAAAAACAAACAUUUCCAAAUUCCAAUUUGAACAGGAGUCAGGUAGAUGAAGAACCACUUUGUGGAUGUGCUGCCUCCAUUAAAUCAUUAAUAUUAUGUAUCAUUUAUUAUUAUUUGUUGAGCAGUCAAAGUACUUGUCCUGCAACCCAGAGGCCUGAGUUCAGCUUUGCUCUGUCUAUCAGCAGCUGGACUUGUUUCUUGGUAGUCCAGAAAAUAACCUCUCUAACACGGUUGUACAUACAUCCUUGAAACCCUGUGGCAUUUUUUACAACUGACCAGUAAUACAGGCUUUUUUAAUAUAUUUUGAGGUUUUAAGUAGGUGGAAAAAUUAGAGUAGGUGGAAAUGGAAAGAAGCUGCACCAAAGACGCAGGGUUCUAGGGGGGGCUAAAUUUUGAAUUCCUUGCAUCUUAGAAUGCAUUUCCAAAAUUCUGGGGCAACGUUCUUGAACAGAGCACAGACAUAUCAUUUAAUUUUGGUUUUUUUUAUUCAGUGAAAGAGGACAUGAAUACUCUCUUUUUUUUAAUCUACUUUUUUCUUGCAAAAAGCUAUGAACCAUUGGUUGUUCUAGUAUCUGUUUUAAAUCAUGUUAUUUGUAAAAACUCGCCAGACAGGGUUAGUUUCCAAAGAAAAGUAGGCAGCGAGCUCACAUGAAAUAGCUGGCAAAUGUCGAUAGCUGAGAGCUCUUAUUGAAAACCCUAUAAUAGGUCUCCCAUGGUGAGAGAAGAAGGAGAGGACAGAGAGAGACCUCUGCCAGGCCUCCGAUGCGUUUUCUAUCAUGCAAUCAUUAGCAUUUGCAUAACAACCAGUUGAGUACUGAAGGUUCUAGUCACGUUCCAAUUACAGAACCAGUUGCAUUUACAUUAAUAAGUGUGGGCUCAGAAAUUUCCAACCUACAGUCUCGACAGGGCACGUGCAUUCCGCAUUAAACGAAGCUAAUUUUGAAAUCCAGUUAGUUUCAGCCACAAAUGUGGUCAGUGGCUACAUGGAAGAAUGUGUCGGAGCUUGUAGAGGUCUCUCUUUCCUAUCAUUUUUCUCUUGCUGUGAGAGGUCUCUGCUAGCAGGGAUUAAUAUUACAACAGCAAUGUCCUUAAUAAUUGUUAUUAUAUAUGAUAGUUUAGUUUUUGUGGUCUUUACAGCAAGGAGUUCAAAAAAGUGACCUCCUUUAAUUUAUUCACAUUUUUCCAAUCAGAAGUCGAGGACAGUUUCCAGCUGGCUUCUGAUUGGAUAAUACAUGUAAAUCUACAAGAAAGAAUAAUUUUGAUGCGAAUAAAUCAAGAGCGAUCACACUUUUGGGCUUUUAGCUGUAGUGGUGGUCACAAUAACAGGUUUAAUCCAUAUUUCAUGAAUUAUUUUGCGUCUUUGGGGAUUUUUAUGCAUCAGGGACGCAGGACGCAAAGGUAACAAAAUCACUGGGCUUAAUAGCGUUUUCACAAUUCUUUUCUAUGAUUAUUUUGAAUGGUUAAUGGCGGGUGGCCCCUUAGUAGGUGGCCAGGUAAUGAAUGUUCAGCUGUAUUUUGUCUUGUAGGUACAGAAGAAUUAUAAGGAGUCUCUUGAGAAAAUAGUUGCAGCGGCCAAAGAAAUGGGCCCAACAGUAGAGCAGAGACGUCAAGAAAGCUUGAAGCGCUUUUCUUCAUCAGAGGUUCAAGAACUAAGACAGCAGCUGAAAAGAGUAGAAUUGGAUUGCAGUGAUGCAGAAAGUUGUCCUGGGAGCAGCGACUUUAACCAGAUCACAGAACCGCUGAAAAAUGAGCAGAAUGAUGUAAAAAUGUCUUCCCAAGAUGUAACACACUUGUUACAUUCAUGCAACGAACAGCACACAUUCUGUCAAAGUAUUAAUGAUGCUCUUAUUCAGCUGAUUGUAGAGCUUGUUCCACUGGUAAAAGACAACUUCAUGUGUAUUAAGCAGCUUUGCGUUUUCACAAAAGAAUUGAAAGAACAGGAAAAAAGAUUUUUAUCCAAAAUUGAAGUCCUUCGCGAUCUAAAGGAACAGUUAGAUAGCUUCCAAGUCGCUUAUUUGGAAGAAUUAGAAAAGUGGAGUAGAGCACAAAAAGAGGAAGUUCAUGGAGUUGAAAAGCUGCUCUUUAACUCUCUUCAUCAGGGAAAACUUCAAGUAAGUUGGAUUUAUGAAGAAAUAAUUUUUAACAAAUAUAGGCAAUUAGAAAUUUUUCAGAAAUUUUUAAGAAAUCUAGGCAUUCCGUUUUAUUGAUGGCACUUGUAGUUCAUUAAUAACCUUUUUAUGAGUGACCUCAAAGUUACAAAUUUAUCAGUUAUAUUUUGCUCUUAAUUUUUUUCUUUAUUUCUUACGUUUAGGUGGUCUUUGUACUCUUUUGAGUCCAGCUGAGUGUAAUUCUUUGGUUGAGGGUCAUGUAUAGUUUAAAGGGACACUAACCCACACAAAUUCCACAAAGCUUAACUAAAUGUUUGUCCAAUCUCUUUGAUUGACACAUAGUUCAUACAAAACCCAUCGAUAAGGCCAGCUCUUUAUUAAGUUUCCAUAGCAACACGCAAACGACUGGUAUCCUACUAACAAUGCUUGAUCUUGAUUGAGUCUCCAUAGCAACCAACAGGUAAUCCACUGAUUAAAAGGCUGGAUCUUAUUAGGUUUCCAGAGCAACAUGUAACCCACCGGGAACCAACCUACAUUUCGCGAUGCCACCACUGGUUUCCCCGCGAAAUGACGUCUGAGAAACGAGCACAGAAAAUUCCACACUGAUAACGUGUCACUACCCAGAUCUGGGUAGUGCUUGUAAUUGGCUGAAGUGAAGCAAAUUUCCCUCGCGGCAUGACCAAACAAAAGCACCACCCAGAUGCAGGUAGUGUUGUGUAAUCAGUAUGAAAUUUCAUCGCUCGAUUCUCCGUCGUCUGUUCACAUGGUACUGACGAAUUUUCGACUGAUUGAAAAUUCGUACUUUUUGUUCUGUUCACAAGGAACGUCGCUAACCGUACAAAAAUUUAGACACUUGGCCGUUCAAAAAUUUGAAUUCCAAAAUCCAGGUCAAACUGUUGACCCAUAGGGUAGAAAACUUGACCGGUAAGGUGUGAACACCAUAACCAGCUAAAUUUUAUGUACGGCGAAGGUGACGGGUAUGGUUGCAUGGAUGCGUGGUAACUCAGCUCGGCCACUUUAAAUGUUCUUUUAAGCACAUUUAAAAGUAAUAAUUAUUAAAAGUAAUACUUUGUGUAUGGGUAGAUGGUAGAACCAUUGAAAAAAUCUAAGCUUCAUGACAAUAAAAAUUUUGUUUGUUCGUUCAUUCAUUCAUUCUUUUAAUGAAUGAAUGAAUGAAUGAAUGAAUGAAUGAAUCAACCAAGCCAUUAUUCAUUUCUCUCCAGAGGACUAAAACUCACUCAUCAAAGAGUGCUAGCAAGUCACAAAGCCUCAGUGAGCUCUCAGAUGCUGAUAAAAAGCCCUUCGUAUCAGACCCAGUGUGUACUCAGCAGCUGCAUUUUUUGGACUCGGACAAGAAACUCAGCAGCAAAAAGGUUUGUAUUUCAUGGUCAUUGUAAGCGCUCUAUUAAGUUUUCCAACCAGCGUAGCAUGCCGCAGAGAACUUUGAGCUUGUACAAGAGAGAAUGAUAGACAGAGAGGGAAACGUUCAGAAGUUGGAAUGGUUUCCAGAGAGGUCCGAAAACCAUUUUUUCAGUUUUGUCAAGAGAGAAUUCAACAAAUUUUAAAUGAAGUGUAGUGAAGUUAAAGAAUUCGUGACACUUUGUACAAUGAGUUGUGACUUGUUAAUCUUGAGUGAACAAUAGAUCAAUUACUAGCUUUAUAGGAACUGGUAAUAUGAUCCGUAGGCCUAUUACGUAAGCAAGCGGGCAAAAAUGUGCAGCGUGUAAAGCAAAUAGUUUUCCGAUCAGAAUAACGUAAAAGCUACACCCUUUUAACAGGUGGGAUUUUGUGUAGGAUGGAAUGAUUAUUCAAACCUAGCCGCUCAGGAUUUACGUACGUAAUGUAGGUGUAAUAGUGCUUUAAGCUUUCAAUCGAAUUAGGGUGUUUACUAGAAUGGAAACCACAAACAUUCUCUUCUAUAUUUUCCCACGUAUGAUUUAGCUACCAAUAUGUAUAAAGUACGUUGAUUUAGCAAUAAACGAUGAAUGUGAUCAGGACUUGAGUGUGUGCUCGUCCCUUAGAGCACCGAUGGCCGGAAACCGUCCAGGUCUAGAGAUACUCAAGCAGUCGACACAUCUGUUGGCCACGAAAUCAAUUCCCGUUUACAACAGAAGGUAACUCAGCUGGGCCACUGUAAAUGUUCUUAAGUAAUACUUUUUUGUAUGGGCAGAUGGUAGAGCCGUUGAAAAAAGUAAAAAUUCAACCUGGUUCUUUAUGUCUGUGUAUACUGAGUGAAACUGUUUAAUGGUUCCGUGUGUCCGUUUCUGGUCAAAAUCUUUAGCCGGUCAAAAAUUUCAUCUGACGCAGUGUGAAAGUAGCCUUAGAUUUUGUUUUACUUAAUUUCAGAAAUUGUAUAAUCGAAUAUCAGUGCCUGACAUUAGUGCAAAACCACCGCAUGGGCUUGGAAGAAGAGUAAGUAGCCAUAGUAACACAGUUACCAUAGUAAUCAUAACUAUAACAAAAUUGUCAAAUCUGAUUGGCUAUCAACUGCCCUGAUUUCAGCCUUAAUUGGACAGUUAAAUAGGACAGUACACGUCAUGCCUAAGUAAUUGGACAGUACGCGCCAUCACGCGCGCUUAAAUGGCUUUUUUUCACUGCUAGCAAACAAAAUUUCGAACUUCUUGUGUUUUGAUUUAAAAAAUAGCCUAUUAUAUCACAAAUUUUGUUAAAGUUCUGAUUAAUUGGUAACAGAACUUCGUGUCGUCCAAUUCGGUCUGUAAUCAUACUCGUGAUUAAACAAAUCGGACUCCCGCUAUGCGAUCGUCCGAUUUUGUUAAUCACUCGUAUGAUUACAGACCGAAUUAGACUCCACUCAGUCCUGUUACCAUUAUUAAUCGUAUUAAUUACUUUAAGAACUCUUUUUUCUUCGUAGUAGGCAGCUGAUAGAUUCCCCGUAUAUAAUUCUUUUUCAAGGAUAGUAGAGGAGGAAUUUCUAUUUGCACACCGUCGGUGCGAUGUAGGUAUUGGGAGGUAUAGUAAUAAGCCCGGGUUCCUGGCGGGAUCUGGGGGCAUACCCCCCACGGAAAUGUUUUGAAAUGAAUAUGCGCUGAGGUGCAAUCUGGUGCAUUUUGAGACACAAUUUCGAGAAAUGUUACAGUGGUAUUUUAUUUUAUCUUUUAGUCAUGAUCAUGUUCCUUGUCAUGUAGUGUCCUUAGACAGGGAAAACUCACUUCAUGUGUACUGACCUCAUCGUGUCUGGAUGAUUUUUUCAAUGUAAUUUCUUAUAUACUGUAAUGAUAAAAAUUUCUUCUUUGGGGGGAGGGGGGGAGCUGGGCAUUUUCUAUUAAUUUACAUAUGGUAAAUUCCCUAGAUAGAACCAUGUACGCCAUGUGUUUGUUGUGGUUGAAAUUUUCUCUUUGGUUUGAAUUUUUCAAACUGGUGUGAAAUUUUCAAAUUGAUUUAAAAUUUUUAAGCACUCACUCAUUCUCAUUUAUUUGUAUCUCUCAUGCAAAAUACUCUGUGUAAAAUAAACUCGGCUGGAGCUUGUAGUCGGAGGAAAAAUUCUAUCCGAAUUAUUAUAUAUUGUUACGUGCUAGUGAGAAGAGUGAUGCAUUGACCCAAAAACAAGUGUUCGAUGAGUUUGAAAUAUGGUAAAUACAGUAAAUGAAAAGUCAAUAACUCCCAUUCCCUAAAUUUAAAUCUCUGGGGACGAGUUUGUAACUAAGCAGCAAUAUUGUGUCAAUAACAACAAGAAUCAAAGCUUUCUGGGCUCCUCUCAUACAGUUUUGACAUGGUAUACACACUUACGACUUACGCAUGAAAUCGAGGCCUAAGGGCCACAUCGCUAUUAAUAAAUUGUAUGAAGUCUUAGUGGCAGAAGCGCGCCCUACAACUAACACAAAAAAUAGUUCCCAUAAAUGCUACGCCGCUGCGCUUUGUAAUAAUCGUUCCAAUAAUAGCAAAGACUUGACGUGUUCAAGGAUCCUUGCUGAGGGUUAGUUUCUCGACCACUGUCCAAUUUCCAACGCACGUUCAUUUGCUAAAACUAAAGUGCCCCAGAAAUAUCUUUUGGGGUUAAAUUUUAAUCUCUAAAUCACAACUUGCUCUUGCUUUCACCAUUCUAUUUACUUUGUUAAAUUCUGCGAGACAUUUGGUGACCAGUAGGCCUCUCUUUCAUGCUUACAUCGUAGGUGUGUAUGGUAUUGAGGUCUUUCAUGGCAAGGAGAAACUAUUAACUUUAAAAGUCUAAGCUUCAUGACAAUGAAAAUUUUGUUUGUUCGUUCAUUCACUCAUUCAUUUAACCACUUAAUGAAUGAAUGAAUCAACCAAUCAAUCGUUCAUUUCUUUCCAGAGGACUAAAACUGACUCAUCAAAGAGUGCUAGCAAGUCACAAAGCCUCAGUGAGCUCUCAGAUGCUGAUAAAAAGCCCGUCAUACCAGACCCAGUGUGUGUUCAGCAGCUGCAUUUUUUGGACUCGGACAAGAAACUCAACUGUAAAAAGGUUUGUAUUUCAUGGUCAUUGUAA